CUCGCCAUUUAUCUGAGCCAAUCACCGCUCGUGGAAUUCCUAAAACCGUCCAAUCAGGAGCAGAGGGCUGUGGCUCGGCCUCCUGUGUAGUAUUACUUACACUGGAGUUUUACAGUUUGUAGUCAGUCUCCUGUCUCUGAGCCAUUUUUUGUGCACUGGUGGACUCACACUCUCAACUAUCAACAUGGUCGAUGCUUUCUGUGCCACCUGGAAACUCAUAGACAGCCAGAACUUUGACGAAUACAUGAAAGCACUGGGUGUUGGCUUUGCAACGAGGCAAGUAGGAAAUGUCACCAAACCCACAAUCGUCAUCAGCCAUGAAGGAGAUAAGGUCAUCAUUAAAACGCUGAGCACUUUCAAGAACACCGAGAUCUCCUUCACACUGGGAGAGGAGUUUGACGAAACCACUGCAGAUGACAGGAAUGUAAAGUCCUCAGUAACCUUGGACGGAGACAAACUUGUGCACGUGCAGAAAUGGGAUGGAAAAGAAACCAAGUUCGUCCGAGAAAUCAAGGACGACAAAAUGAUCAUGACUUUGACCUUCGAGGACGUCCAGGCCGUUCGCACAUACGAAAAGGCAUAACGAUACAACUCGAGGACGCUUCAGUCUACUCCUGACAACUUGACAAUGUCCGAGCAGCGUUACGUUUUCUCAGUAUAAACCUAGACUGUCCCAUUCGAGUCAUGGGGCAGGGUUUUUUUUUUUUUGGUUUGUUUGUUUUUUUUUUAAACCGCUUUUUAUAUGAAACGUAUGAGUGAUGGAGUCCUGAUCGUUGAACUUUUGUGUAAAACUGACUCGAAUAUAAACUCGACUGAAUUAAUAUCCUGAGUUUCUGCGUCUUUCUUGUUCUCACAAAACCUACAGUACACGUCGUGUCACGACGUCACGACGUCUCGCCUAGCUGCGGAGUCCCACGGACGAUAUAAUAACGAAUCAAUCCACAUUAUUACUCCGAGCUCGUACAUUUGAGCUACUUAUUAAGACUGAGACUAUGAGAUAUAUAUGCACUGUUGAUAUAUAUACAGAGAUACUGGAUAGAUAUCUUAAAGGAGUCGUAAUGACAUAACUUUUAUAUCUAUAAAACGCAUACGGUUUGCUAUAUGCAAAUUUACAAGUUGGCUUGAAAGAUCGUGUUUUGACUCGUGGAUUUUUUUUUUAACGUAUCAUACGAACACAAAUACUAUCUAAAAAAC